AUGAGCUUGGCAACGGCUAAAAAAUUCUUAGGUCUCAAAAAUGGAAAACAAAUGUCUGACUCAACACCUAUGAAAUCAAAAGAGUUAGAGGUCGUGAACGUCGAAUCAGUAUCAAAAGACAACCCUCAUCAAGUUCCAGACGGUGGUUACGGCUGGUUUGUGGUGAUUGGCUGUUUUCUUUUCAACCUAUCUACCUGGGGUGCCAACAGUGGGUAUGCUAUUUAUCUGGCUCACUAUUUGGCCGACGAUACCUUUCAUGGAGCAAGCAAAAUUGAUUACGCUAUAAUAGGAGGACUAUCAUUUGCUUCAGGGACCGUUUUGGCACCUCUGAUUAACUACUUGGUCGGAGUUACUAACUUGACAUUCGUUUUGGUUUUGGGAUGGAUCAUACAAUUUAUAGCAGUCAUGCUGGCCAGUUGGGCUACAAAACUCUGGCAAUUGUUUCUCACGCAAGGAGUUCUUUUUGGAAUUGGAAUGGCUUUAGUUGCUCUUUCCAAUGUGAACGUUCUCCCGCAAUGGUUCAAGAGAAAGCGAAACCUGGCAGGAGGAAUCGCAGCCGCAGGAUCUGGUGGUGGGGUUAUCUUCAACGUUGGAAUGCAAGAUGUCAUGAAUAAGCAUGGUUACCAAUGGGCAUUGAGAGCUCAAGCAAUUAUCUGCGCAUCAUUGUCAUUCGUUGGAAUUUGUCUGGUAAGAUCCAGAAACAAGCAUAUUAAACCUGUGUACCGAGUUUCGGACAAACAGGUGUGGAGUUGUUUUGGAACCUACAUGCUAAUAUUAUGGACCAUGACUACUAUGCUGGGAUAUGUCACGCUGAUGUACAACUUGGCAGAUUUCACGAGAUCUCUGGGGUAUUCGGCUUCCCAAGGGUCGGUGGUUUCUGCAAUGGUCGCUGUUGGUGCAUGUGCUUUCAGACCACUGACUGGACUAGUUGGGGAUAGAUUGGGUCCAGUAUCAGCUACGAUCUUGAUACAUACCUUUGUAUUCACACUUGUUUUUGCAAUGUGGAUCCCCACCAGGAAUUAUGCAACUGCUGUGGCGUUUGCACUGAUGGUUGGUGCAACUAUGGGUACGGUCUGGGUUGUGAUGGCAGGCAUUGCAACUCGCGUCUUUGGUUUGAAGAAAGUCGGAGUUGGGCUGGCCGCUUUAUGGAUCGCAAUCGGUGUUUCUGGGUUCUGUUCUCCUAUUAUCGGGAUCUCCCUAAAAAGCGAUCCUCCCAAUGGUGCAGAAACCGACCCUACCCAGUACGUAAACCCAGCUAUAUUUGUUGGUUUUAUGUACUUCGCAUCGGUGUUGUCUUUGAUCAUUUUACGGGCAUGGCUGAUUACUCGUGAUGAAAUCUCAGUAGAAGUUCACGGAGGUCAUUUUGAAGAUAGUGCGGACGAUCUGUUACUCAGAGUUCCUCCUUUGCAAUGUAUCCGCAAUAUUUGUAGAUUUCGUCUUCCAAGAAAGGUCUGA